AUGCCUGUUAUUCGCAAAAAUCAUAUUCAACCAUCAUCUAAUAUCAAUGAUAAAAAUUGUGAAAUUUUACAAGAUGGCAAUGUCCUUUUCGCUUUUUCAUCUAUUCUAAGUGUUAAAUAUUCUAAAGGUCGAGUGCCUCCUUCAGUUAUACCACAAAAAUCGGCUAGAAAUAUACUAUUAUCUUCUAAUGUUAUUGACAAUGAAAAUUAUAUUCAACCAUCAACUAAUAAUAAUGAUCGAAUGGCUUCCUCAAUUAUACCACAAAAAUCGACUAGGACUGUAACACAAUCUUCCACUGUUAUUAACAUUGAACAAAGCCAUCAAUCACGUUCUCACUUAGUUCCAACGAUUCCUGAAAUGGAACAUACUCACAAACGAAAACCAGCUACAAAACGUUCCAAAAGCGAUCGUUAUCGAUUUCGAUGUAUUAUACUAUUUUUAAUUAUACUGUUUUGUAUUAUUAUUGCUGCAUCUAUCGCUGCAAUUCUUGUUGGCGUAUUAUAUAAAAAUGACCUAUCAAGCACAACUACAACAACAAGUACUACAACAUCAGCAACUACAACAACAUUAUGCUAUUUCGGUGAAGAUUAUAUCAAUCUAGUAGAAGGAGGACGACGUCAAAUCGGUAAUUUAAAAACAGGAGAUCGAGUGUGGACAAUAAGCAAUGAUGGUAAACGUUUGAUCGAAGAUGAAAUAAUUGUUAUACCGCAUGCUGGACCGACUAUUCCAGCUUAUUUCUAUACAUUUACAACAAUCGAAGGACAUACAGUUAGUUUAACCGAUUCACAUUUUAUAGUUGCCAUUGCCAAGGGUGAAAAUAAAAUAAAAAUCAUAUGUGCUUCAGAAGUAACACUUGAACAUCAAUUAAUUAUGGCUGGUCGUACAAUAGGUCUUGAAAAAAUUGUAUACUCUAUACGUAUUGGUUUUUAUUCUCCUAUUACAUUAAGUGGUUACUUAACUGUAAACAAUCUAUCAACAUCAGUUUAUGUUGACUAUUUACACGCACCACAUGACUUUCUUCAUCAAAUAGGAGGUCCUUUUCGAAUGUAUUAUCGUAUAACAAGAUGGUUAUUUGGAAAUAACUACAUCCCAUUUGCAAUGACUGUGAAUGAAGAAAUACAUCCAAUAUCUGCUUUUAUCAUUGCUAACUAUCAACCAAUUCGAUUAUUUUUUAUAAUUUUUCCAUUUAUGACACCAAUAAUGUUCAUCAUUUUAUUUAUUUAUUUAGUUCAACCAAUUUCUUUUAUGCGAAAGAAAUUAUUAUCGUUUGAUAAUAAAAUGUUCCAUGAACAAAUAACGAUUCAAUCGAUGAUAGAGUGA